UCUGCCGGCGUCGGUCCGUCUGCGGUCCUUCUGUUUCCGUGUCUGGGAGGAGAGCAGCGGUGUGAUUUCAGACACUCUCUCGUCUUUCACAAUGCAGGACCCAAAUGAAGACACAGAGUGGAAUGAUAUCCUGAGGAAGAAAGGUAUUCUUCCUCCCAAAGAGGAACCUAAAGAUGACGAAGAGGAGGAACUGGCUCUUCAACAACAGUCCGUUGUUAAAACAUAUGAGAGCAUGACACUGGAAGAACUGGAGGAGAAUGAGGAUGAGUUCAGUGAGGACGACGAGGCUGCCAUUGAAAUGUACAGACAGAAGCGUCUUGCAGAGUGGAAGGCGACUCAGAUGAAGAACAUUUUUGGGGAAUUGGAUGAAAUCUCUGGUCAGGACUACGUCAAGGAGGUCAACAAGGCUGGAGACGGCAUCUGGGUGAUACUGCACCUCUACAAACAGGGCAUCCCUCUGUGUAGUCUGAUCAACCAGCAUCUGAGCACGUUGGCCAGAAAGUUCCCUCAGACCAAGUUCCUCAAGUCCAUCUCCACCACCUGCAUCCCCAACUACCCGGACCGCAACCUGCCCACCAUCUUCGUCUACUUUGAAGGGGAGAUGAAGGCCCAGUUCAUCGGCCCACUGGUCUUUGGAGGCAUGAACCUCAAAGUUGAAGAGCUGGAGUGGAGGUUAUCAGAAACUGGUGCGGUGAAAACAGACCUGGAGGAAAACCCCAAGAAACAAAUCGAAGACAAGCUCAUGUCAUCAAUCAGAAGUACACUCCCUACACGAAAGGACAGUGACUCUGAGGACGAGGACUAUUAAAGACAAACACUGUCACUCCAAAGAGAGAGACCACGUGGCCGCUACACGGGAAACAAAACACUCAGACGACCUUAAACCAUCCGAGGAGGUACAGAGAGGGGACAGCAUCUCCUUUAACAACAUGUGCAUUUUGUAUUUUAACCAUGUAGGUGGCGCUCAGGGCUCCGUCCUGCUCAAGGGCACAUGGACAGGCGGCUCGGCUGGAGAGAGCCAAGCAGCCUCCUGUACGUUUCCGUAGGAAAGUAGGGAAAAAAAACAGCAGAACACUCACUGUUUUGUCAUUUUAAAUUCACCUACAUCGCCUGAAUCUUUACAAAAGCAUCAAAGACAAAUUUUAAAGUUUUUUUUUUUAUUAUGUUUCAUGAGAAUUAUGUCACAAAAUGUACAUGUACAUUUAAUUUUUGUUGAAUUAAAUGUGAGUUCACCUCUUUGCCACAGUAA